CUCCCCCCUCCUCCCUCUAAUCGCCGAUAACGAACAAGAACGGCGACCAACGCCGUCACCGUCACCACCGUCAGAAUGCCCGAACAACGCGAACCAGACCCAGACCCAGACGCCAUGGAACUACAGGAGAUCCAUACACAUGACAGAUGCGAGAGCCACGACGACGGUGACGAGUACGCGCAGUCAGCAGCGACGGUUUCGUCUGGCGAGAAUCGCGUGCCGUAUCGGACUGUUGCGGCGCGGGUUGUCAAUGCGGAUGGGAGAAGAAGGGGCAAUGGUUCGAAUCAAAAUAGCGGCAACAGAGAUGAUUGCCACGAGAAGGGUGUGCUAUUGAAGGGAAAGAAGAUCUGGGACGCUUUGAGCGGAUUCUGGACAAGUCAGGUUGUCCUGGCAGUUCCGCAGAAGAAGAACCGCGAUCAUUACGCCCUCGAACGAACCUUUCUCGCGUACAUCCGCACCUCCGUCAUCCUAGCCAUGCAAGGCGUCCUAAUCGCGCAACUCUUCCGUCUCCAACGCUCCAAAUCCCAAGAAGCCUCUGAACUCACAUACUACGAAGUUGCGGUUCCGUUAUCUAUCGCGUGUCAUAGUGUCGCGCUGGUCGUUGUCGUGGUUGGCGCGUUUCGGUUCUGGAGGCAGCAGAAUGCUUUGUUUCGGGGGAAGGUGCAUGCUGGGGGGUGGGAGAUGAAUUCGAUUGGGGUGUUGGUUUUCUUGGUUGUGGUUGUGACAUUGGUGUUGUCGGUUGUUAUCUUGGUUCAGUUGGAUCGGGGGCCUGCUUAGGUUGUGGGAUAUUGGUUAACAAUACCCAAACUAUGCCAACAACACUCCCCAUCCAAGGUGCAUAGGCAACGGAACCCUCUCGCCAUCAUCGUAUACCCCCUUA